AUGGUAUCAGACAGUGUCAACAAUUACAUUGACGAGCAUCAGAACUACUUUGUUCAGCGUCUUGCAGAAACCGUUGCAAUUCCUAGUGUCAGUAGCUCUGCGGCUCACCGUCCAGAUGUAGUUCGAAUGGGUUUUUGGCUGGAAAAGGAACUCAAGGGACUUGGCGCCAGUGUCGAGCUUCGUUACCCCGGAAAACAACAGCUAGAAGGACGUGAGAUUGAUCUUCCUCCCAUUGUUCUUGCCACAUAUGGCACAGAUCCCAAUAAGAAAACUGUUCUUGUUUAUGGUCAUUAUGAUGUCCAGCCUGCUCUCAAAGAGGACGGGUGGGCAACAGAUCCUUUUACUCUGGUGGAGGAUGAUAAGGGUCGUAUGUUUGGUCGCGGAAGCACUGACGACAAGGGACCAGUCAUUUCUUGGCUCUGGGUUAUUCAGAUUCACCAGAAACUUGGACUCGAUUUGCCUGUCAACCUGAAAAUGUGUUUUGAGGGAAUGGAAGAAUCUGGCAGUGAAGGUCUUGACGAACUGAUUUACAAGGAGGCUGCCCUGUAUUUUAAAGAUGUGGAUUGCGUGUGCAUCAGCGACAACUAUUGGCUUGGAACAACCAAGCCCUGCAUUACUUAUGGUCUUCGUGGAGUAUCUUAUUUCAUGCUGACUGUUUCAGGACCUGGAAAAGAUCUUCAUUCUGGUGUUUUUGGUGGAACUGUUCAUGAGCCAAUGACUGAUUUGGUUCAUCUGAUGCAAAAGCUUGUUACUCCAGAUGGAAAGAUUCUUGUUCCUGGAAUCAUGGAUGAUGUAGCUCCUGUUACAUCUGAAGAGGAUGCCAUCUACAAAGCACUUGAUUUUAGCAUGAACGACAUUUAUAAUGCUAUCGAUGCCAAGAACACUAUCCAUGACACUGAAAAGAAUGUGCUCAUGUCUCGCUGGCGUUUCCCAUCGCUUUCGCUUCACGGUAUUGAAGGCGCAUUUUACUCUCCGGGUGCAAAAACUGUCAUUCCUGCCAAGGUGAUAGGCAAAUUCUCCAUUCGCAGUGUUCCUAAUCAGGAGCCUGCCAAACUUACAAAACAGGUGGUUGACUACAUCAUGAGCGAGUUUGCUAAGCUCGGUAGUAAAAACACUGUCCACGUUGAAUGUGAGCAUGCUGGAAAGUCGUGGGUUGCUGAUAUCAACAGCUGGAACUAUGUUGCUGCUACCAAGGCGGUCCAAAAGGUUUUCAACGUCACCCCUGACUAUACUCGUGAAGGUGGCAGUAUUCCUGUCACGCUUUCCUUCCAAGAGGCUCUCAAAAAAAGUGUUUUACUUCUUCCUAUGGGCCGAUCUGAUGAUGGUGCUCACUCCAUCAAUGAAAAGCUGGAUCGCAGUAAUUAUAUUCAAGGCAUUAAACUUUUGUCUGCGUAUCUCUACGAAGUCAGCACUGUACAAUCGUAAACUAUUGUGCUAAAUCAUUUGUCUAGUUACUAUUUGACUUGUAAAAUUUUGUUUGAGCCAUCAAAUCGUUUACUUUUACAACCGUACCAUGUAAAAUGAAACACUAUCUUGCAGUC